AUGACUUUCACAUCUUCAGAUUUGACUUUCAACGCUUAUUCUUAUAAAAACAAUUCUACUCCUGUUACUUUAGGUCCUGAAACCAUUGAAUUGGUUGCUGAUUCUUCUAAUCCAGGUACUUUUACUGCCCCACCAGGUAAAAUCUUAUUAAAGAUCAAUUAUACUUCAUUAAAUCCAGUGGAUGUUAAAUUACAUACUUUAGCUAUUAGUUUAGUUUCUAUGUUGGUUAAUAACAAGAAUGGGUUUGGUAGAGAUUUCAGUGGUCAAGUUGUUGCCAUUGGUGAAAAUACUAAAACUGAUUUUAAAGUUGGUGAUUUAGUUCAAGGUAUUUAUCCAAAAGUUUAUGGUAAAGGUACUGCUUCUGAAUAUUUAUUGAUUGAUCCUAAUGAAAUGGAUAUAACUACUGUUCCAAAAAAUAUUUCCAUGAUUGAAGCUUCAUCUUGGCCAACUGUUUUAGGUACUGCAUUAUUGAUUUCAAGUGAUUUGGAUUAUAAAAAUAAAAAAGUCCUUAUCUUGGGUGGAGGUACUUCUGUCGGUAGAUAUCUUGUACAAAUUGCUAAGCAAAGAGGUGCUAAAGAGGUCGCUGUUACUUGUUCUACUAGAACUGGUGAAACAUUAUCAACAAUUGGUGCUGAUACUAUUAUUGAUUAUACAAAAUCAAAAAAUAUUGUUAUUCCUAUUUUGGAAUCGGUUAAAUCUACUGGUAAUUUUGAUUAUAUCUUGGAUUGUUAUGGUGGUAAUGACUUGUUUACUGAAAUUAGUAACAUUUUAAUUAAAGAUGGUAGAUAUUACACCAUUGCUGGUGAUUAUCCAGGGUCUAGUUUCUCUUGCUUAGUUUCAAGUGUUUCUAGAGUUGUUGGAAGAAGUUUAUUACGUGCUUUUGGUUUAUUAUCAUUCAGUUAUAAAUUUGUUAUGUUUGAAAGAUUUGCAAACAAUAUUAACGAAGCUAGAGAUUAUCUUGAGACUGGUAAACUUAAAGUAUUUAUUGAUAGUGUUUAUCCAUUUGAUAAAUUAGAUGAUGCUGUUGAUAAAUUGGAAUCCGGUAGAACUGCUGGUAAAGUUGUUGUUGAAGUAUCUAAGAAUUAG